CAGCUGUGGGAAGAGGCGGCGCGGGAGGCCGCAGAGCUCGAGCUCGGACCAAUCCCCGCGUCCCGGGCCGCGAUCCUGACCCUGCAGCGCACCGGGAAGCGAAACCGGCCGGAUGGGCCGCUGAGCCCGAAUCGGGCACUGUGUGGAGCUCCCCGGAGCUGAGAUCAGGAUGUUCCGCUUCAUGAGGGAUGUGGAGCCUGAGGAUCCCAUGUUCCUGAUGGACCCCUUUGCUAUUCACCGUCAGCAUAUGAGCCGUAUGUUGUCAGGUGGCUUUGGAUAUAGCCCCUUCCUCAGCAUCACAGAUGGCAACAUGCCAGGGACCAGGCCUGCCAGCCGCAGGAUGCAGCAGACUGGAGCUGUCUCCCCCUUUGGGAUGCUGGGAAUGUCCGGUGGCUUCAUGGACAUGUUUGGGAUGAUGAACGACAUGAUUGGUAACAUGGAACACAUGACAGCUGGAGGCAAUUGCCAGACCUUCUCAUCUUCUACUGUCAUCUCCUACUCCAAUACCGGCGAUGGUGCCCCCAAGGUUUACCAAGAGACAUCAGAGAUGCGCUCGGCACCAGGCGGGAUCCGGGAGACACGGAGGACUGUUCGGGAUUCAGACAGUGGACUGGAACAGAUGUCCAUCGGGCAUCACAUCCGGGACAGGGCUCACAUCCUCCAGCGCUCCCGAAACCAUCGCACAGGGGACCAGGAGGAGCGGCAGGACUAUAUCAACCUGGAUGAGAGUGAGGCCGCAGCGUUUGAUGACGAGUGGCGGCGGGAGACGUCCCGAUUCCGGCAGCAGCGCCCCCUGGAGUUUCGACGGCUUGAGUCCUCAGGGGUGGGGGGACGAAGGGCGGAGGGACCACCCCGCCUGGCCAUCCAAGGACCUGAGGACUCCCCUUCCCGACAGUCCCGCCGCUAUGACUGGUGAGGGCCCUGGGCCCUCAGCCUUUCUU